GGAGCACAGGAGUAAGCGAGACUCAGGAGCUGGCGAGAGCCGGCCGAGCCUGGGGCCGGAGUGCUCACCGUUGCUGGCUUGCUGGUGAUCUGCAGUCUUCCACCCCACCCCCGCUGGGACCGAGCGCCCCCGGUGGAGCUCAGAGGGAGGCAGGCGCGUCGCCAGCCCCUUGCCCGCCCUCCCCCAGCCCGGGAAGAAUGUGCCACCAGCUGUUCUCGGCCCGGGAGCACUUCGCCCAGAAGUGAGGAACUUGGAGGAAGGAGAGACAAAGGCUGCGGUUGGGACGGAGGAGGUCCGAGAGGCGGACAAAAGGUGCGGAGGAGCAGCAGCGACUGGGGGAUGGCAGCGCGGCGGCUCCGCGGGCUGGAGUCGCCCCGAGGCGCACCGUGACACGCGUGGCUUCCCGGGGACCUGCCGCUGCGCUGACUUCCGCAACUGGAGCCGUGCCGGGAAGGUGCGGGCGCCGGAACAAUGGACAGCUUCUUUCCCGAGGGAGCACGGGUCUGGCUAAGAGAAAAUGGCCAGCAUUUUCCAAGUACUGUAAAUUCCUGCGCAGAAGGCGUCGUGGUCUUCCAGACAGAUUAUGGGCAGGUGUUCACCUACAAGCAGAGCACGAUCACCAGCCAGAAGGUGACAGCUAUGCACCCCCUGCACGAGGAGGGCGUGGACGACAUGGCUUCCUUGACCGAGCUCCACGGAGGCUCCAUCAUGUACAACCUAUUCCAGCGCUACAAGAGGAAUCAGAUCUACACCUACAUCGGCUCCAUCAUCGCGUCCGUGAAUCCCUACCAGCCCAUAGCUGGCCUGUACGAGCGCGCCACCAUGGAGGAGUACAGCAGGUGCCACCUGGGCGAGCUUCCACCGCACAUCUUCGCCAUAGCCAACGAGUGCUAUCGCUGCCUGUGGAAGCGCCAUGACAACCAAUGCGUCCUCAUCAGUGGUGAAAGCGGGGCUGGGAAGACGGAGAGCACCAAACUGAUCCUCAAGUUCCUGUCCGUCAUCAGCCAGCACUCUGUGGACUUGGGCCUGCAGGAGAAGACGUCCAGUGUGGAGCAGGCCAUCCUCCAGAGCAGCCCAAUCAUGGAAGCAUUUGGCAACGCGAAGACAGUCUACAACAACAACUCCAGUCGCUUUGGGAAGUUUGUUCAACUGAACAUCUCUCAGAAGGGAAAUAUUCAGGGCGGAAGAAUCGUAGAUUAUUUAUUAGAAAAAAACCGAGUAGUGAGGCAGAACCCCGGGGAGAGGAAUUAUCACAUAUUCUAUGCACUGCUGGCAGGGCUGGGCCAGGGAGAGCGAGAAGAAUUUUAUUUAUCUUUGCCAGAAAACUACCAUUACUUGAAUCAAUCUGGGUGUACAGAAGACAAGACAAUCAGCGACCAGGAAUCCUUCAGACAAGUUAUUGCGGCAAUGGAAGUCAUGCAGUUCAGUAAGGAGGAAGUCCGGGAGGUUUUGAGGUUGCUGGCAGGAAUACUGCAUCUCGGCAACAUAGAAUUUAUCACUGCUGGAGGGGCACAGAUUUCCUUCAAAACAGCUCUGGGUAGGUCUGCAGAGUUACUUGGGCUGGACCCAACACAGCUCACAGAUGCGCUGACCCAGAGAUCCAUGUUCCUCAGGGGAGAAGAGAUCCUCACGCCUCUCAGUGUUCAGCAGGCGGUAGACAGCAGAGACUCACUGGCAAUGGCACUUUACGCGCGCUGCUUUGAGUGGGUGAUCAAGAAGAUCAACAGCCGGGUCAAGGGCAAAGACGACUUCAAGUCCAUCGGCAUCCUUGACAUCUUCGGCUUUGAGAACUUCGAGGUUAACCACUUUGAGCAGUUCAAUAUCAACUAUGCAAAUGAGAAGCUGCAGGAAUACUUCAACAAACACAUUUUUUCCUUAGAACAACUAGAGUAUAGCAGAGAAGGAUUGGUGUGGGAAGAUAUUGACUGGAUCGACAACGGCGAAUGCCUCGACCUGAUCGAGAAGAAACUCGGCCUCCUUGCCUUAAUCAAUGAAGAGAGCCAUUUUCCUCAAGCCACAGACAGCACUUUGUUGGAGAAGUUACACAAUCAGCACGCUAACAACCACUUUUAUGUGAAACCCCGAGUUGCAGUCAACAAUUUUGGAGUGAAGCACUAUGCGGGAGAGGUGCAGUAUGACGUCCGAGGCAUCUUGGAAAAGAACAGAGACACCUUCAGAGAUGACCUCCUCAACCUGCUCAGGGAAAGCAGGUUUGACUUCAUCUAUGACCUCUUUGAACACGUCUCCAGCCGCAACAACCAGGACACCUUGAAAUGUGGGAGCAAACACCGGCGGCCCACAGUCAGCUCGCAGUUCAAGGACUCCCUGCAUUCCUUGAUGGCAACACUAAGCUCCUCCAAUCCCUUCUUUGUCCGAUGCAUCAAGCCGAACACGCACAAGAUGCCAGACCAGUUUGAUCAGGCGGUUGUGCUCAACCAGCUGCGCUACUCGGGGAUGCUGGAGACCGUGCGGAUUCGAAAAGCGGGGUAUGCAGUCCGGAGACCCUUCCAGGACUUCUACAAAAGGUAUAAGGUGCUGAUGAGGAACUUGGCUCUGCCUGAGGACAUUCGAGGGAAGUGCACUGUGCUCCUGCAGCUCUAUGACGCUUCUAACAGCGAGUGGCAGCUGGGGAAGACCAAGGUCUUCCUUCGCGAAUCCUUGGAGCAGAAACUAGAGAAGAGGCGGGAAGAGGAGAUGGACCGCGCGGCCAUGGUGAUCCGGGCUCACGUCUUAGGCUACUUGGCUCGAAAGCAAUACCGAAAGGUCCUUUGUGGUGUGGUGACCAUACAGAAGAAUUGCAGAGCUUUCCUCGCGAGGAAGAGAUUCUUGCACCUGAGAAAGGCAGCCAUCGUGGUCCAGAAGCAGCUCCGAGGACAGCGGGCACGCCGCGUUUACAGGCAGCUGCUGGCGGAGAAACGGGAGCGGGAGGAAAGGAAGAGGUGGGAGGAAGAGAAGAAGAGAGAGGAAGAGGAAAGAGAAAGAGAGCGAGCACACCGGGAAGCCAACCUCCUCCGUGCCCAGCAGGAGGCGGAAACGAGGAGGCAGCGAGAGCUCGAAGCCUUGCAGGAGAGCCAGAGGGAAGCGGAGCAGACCCGGGAGCUGGAGAAGCAAAGGGAGAACAAGCAGGUGGAGGAGAUCCUGCGCCUGGAGAAGGAAAUCGAGGACCUGCAGCGCAUGAAGGAGCGGCAGGAGCUGUCGCUGACCGAGGCCUCCCUGCAGAAGCUGCAGCAGCUCCGGGACGAGGAGUUGCGCAGGCUGGAGGACGAGGCCUGCCGCGCGGCCCAGGAGUUUCUGGAGUCCCUCAACUUCGAUGAGAUCGACGAGUGCGUCCGCAACAUUGAGCGCUCCCUGUCGGUCGGGAGCGAGCUUUCGGGCGAGCUCACUGAGCUGGCCGAGAGUGCCAGUGGAGAGAAGCCAAACUUCAACUUCAGCCAGCCCUACCCCGAGGAGGAGGUGGACGAGGGCUUCGAGGCUGAUGACGACGCCUUCAAGGACUCACCCAACCCCAGUGAGCACGGCCACUCCGACCAGCGAACGAGCGGCAUCCGGACCAGCGAUGACUCCUCCGAGGAGGACCCCUACAUGAACUACACGGUGGUGCCCACCAGCCCCAGCGCCGACAGUACGGUGCUUCUGGCCGCCUCCGUGCAGGACUCGGCGAGCCUGCACAACUCCUCCAGCGGGGAGUCUACCUACUGCAUGCCGCAGAACAACGGGGACCUGCCCUCCCCCGACGGCGACUAUGACUAUGACCAGGACGAUUACGAGGAUGGCGCCAUCACAUCCGGCAGCAGCGUGACCUUCUCCAACUCCUACGGGAGCCAGUGGUCCCCAGACUACAGGUAUUCCGUGGGAACCUACAACAGUUCCGGAGCGUACCGGUUCAGCUCGGAAGGGGCGCAGUCCUCUUUUGAAGAUAGCGAAGAGGACUUCGACUCCAGGUUUGAUACGGACGAUGAACUCUCCUACCGGAGAGACUCCGUGUACAGCUGCGUCACACUGCCCUAUUUCCACAGUUUUCUGUACAUGAAAGGUGGCUUAAUGAACUCCUGGAAGCGCCGCUGGUGCGUCCUCAAGGACGAGACCUUCCUGUGGUUCCGCUCCAAGCAGGAAGCCCUCAAGCAGGGCUGGCUGCACAAGAAAGGUGGCGGCUCCUCCACACUGUCGCGGCGCAACUGGAAGAAGCGCUGGUUCGUGCUCCGCCAGUCCAAGCUCAUGUACUUUGAGAACGACAGCGAGGAGAAGCUCAAGGGCACCGUGGAAGUCCGCACAGCCAAGGAGAUCGUAGACAACACAAGCAAGGAGAAUGGGAUCGACAUCAUUAUGGCCGACAGGACUUUCCAUCUCAUCGCGGAAUCCCCCGAGGAUGCCAGCCAGUGGUUCAGCGUGCUGAGUCAGGUCCACUCGUCCACAGACCAGGAGAUCAGGGAAAUGCACGAUGAGCAGGCGAACCCCCAGAACGCUGUGGGCACACUGGAUGUGGGGCUGAUUGAUUCUGUAUGCGCCUCUGACAGCCCUGACAGACCCAACUCAUUUGUGAUCAUCACGGCCAACCGGGUGCUGCACUGUAACGCAGACACUCCAGAGGAGAUGCACCACUGGAUAACCCUACUGCAGAGAUCCAAGGGGGACACCAGGGUGGAAGGCCAGGAGUUCAUCGUCAGAGGGUGGCUGCACAAGGAGGUGAAGAACAGUCCGAAGAUGUCCUCCCUGAAGCUGAAGAAGCGCUGGUUCGUGCUCACGCACAACUCCCUGGAUUACUACAAGAGCUCAGAGAAGAACGCCCUGAAACUAGGCACUCUGGUGCUCAACAGCCUGUGCUCCGUCGUGCCCCCAGACGAGAAGAUAUUCAAAGAGACAGGCUACUGGAAUGUCACGGUCUAUGGGCGCAAACACUGUUACCGACUCUACACGAAACUACUGAAUGAGGCGACUCGGUGGUCCAGCGCCAUUCAGAACGUGACCGACACCAAGGCUCCAAUUGACACGCCCACCCAGCAGCUGAUCCAAGAUAUUAAGGAGAACUGCCUGAACUCUGACGUGGUGGAGCAGAUUUACAAGCGGAACCCGAUCCUCCGCUACACACAGCACCCGCUGCACUCCCCGCUCCUGCCUCUUCCCUACGGGGACAUAAAUCUCAACUUGCUUAAAGACAAAGGCUACACAACCCUUCAGGAUGAAGCCAUCAAGAUAUUCAACUCACUGCAGCAACUGGAGUCCAUGUCCGACCCCAUCCCUAUCAUCCAGGGCAUCCUGCAGACGGGCCACGACCUGCGGCCGCUGCGGGACGAACUGUACUGUCAGCUCAUCAAGCAGACCAAUAAAGUGCCCCACCCCGGCAGCGUGGGCAACCUCUACAGCUGGCAGAUCCUGACGUGCCUCAGCUGCACCUUCCUGCCGAGCCGGGGGAUCCUCAAGUACCUCAAGUUCCACCUGAAAAGGAUCCGGGAACAGUUCCCAGGGACCGAGAUGGAGAAAUAUGCCCUCUUUAUCUACGAAUCUCUUAAGAAAACCAAAUGCAGAGAGUUUGUGCCUUCCCGAGAUGAAAUUGAAGCCCUGAUCCACCGGCAGGAAAUGACGUCCACGGUGUAUUGCCAUGGCGGAGGUUCCUGCAAGAUCACCAUCAACUCGCACACCACAGCUGGGGAGGUGGUGGAAAAGCUGAUCCGGGGCCUCGCCAUGGAGGACAGCAGGAACAUGUUCGCCUUGUUUGAGUACAACGGACAGGUGGACAAGGCCAUCGAGAGCCGCACCAUCGUGGCUGACGUCCUGGCAAAAUUUGAAAAGCUAGCUGCCACAUCAGAAGCUGGGGACGCACCGUGGAAAUUCUACUUCAAACUUUAUUGCUUCCUGGACACCGACAGCGUGCCAAAAGACAGCGUGGAGUUUGCGUUUAUGUUUGAACAGGCCCACGAAGCAGUCAUCCAUGGCCACCACCCAGCCCCUGAGGAAAGCCUCCAAGUGCUGGCUGCCCUGAGACUGCAGUACCUGCAGGGUGACUACUCCCUGCACACCUCGGUCCCUCCCCUCGAGGAGGUCUAUUCUCUGCAGAGACUCAGGGCUCGCAUUACUCAGUCGACCAAAACCUUCACCCCCUACGAACGCCUGGAGAAGCGGCGGACCAGCUUCCUGGAGGGGACGCUGCGGCGGAGCUUCCGGACUGGGUCUGUGGUCCGGCAGAAGGUGGAGGAGGAGCAGAUGUUGGACAUGUGGAUUAAGGAGGAAGUCUCCUCAGCUCGGGCCAGCAUCAUCGACAAGUGGAAGAAACUGCAGGGAGUGAACCAGGAACGAGCCAUGGCCAAGUAUAUGGCCCUGAUCAAGGAAUGGCCUGGGUACGGCUCAACGCUCUUCGAUGUGGAGUGCAAAGAAGGCGGCUUCCCCCAGGAGCUCUGGCUGGGCGUUAGCGCAGACGCCGUGUCUGUCUACAAGCGCGGAGAGGGCAAACCGCUAGAAGUCUUCCAGUACGAGCACAUCCUCUCUUUCGGCGCACCCCUGGCCAACACGUACAAGAUCGUGGUUGAUGAGCGGGAGCUGCUCUUUGAGACGAGUGAGGUGGUGGACGUGGCCAAGCUCAUGAAAGCCUACAUCAGCAUGAUCGUGAAGAAGCGCUAUAGCACCACGCGCUCCGUGAGCAGCCUGGGCAGCUCCAGGUGAAGACGGCCAGCCCAUGCGACUCUCCGAUCUGAACGUGCCACUCUUGGCCUGGGCCAGUGCCGGGUCCUGACCCAGCUUUGGAUACACAGCUGUCCAGGCUUCUGGAAACCCGUCGUCGUCAGAGGGAGGAGUCUCCGGGGCUCCCUCCCCACCUGAUCAGCCUCAGUGAUCACGUAUUAAGCUGUCAACCUUUAACAGUCUGCACAAUUUCUUAAGCUUUAGUACUCGUAGAUGAUAUGAUACUUGCCUUAAAGAAAAAAGAGGGGAGAAAACCACACGGCCACCAAAGCAGCCAGAAGUGCCUUAACUUGCAGAGUGGACCCUAAUUGACCUUAACUGUGCUACUGAGGAGAAGCGCUUUCACCUCCUGGUGGAGUUGGCAGAGCUCGGAAGCAGGAAGUGAUCCACUGAUUGUGCACUAACCUCCCCACCUGAUUCCCUGAAUACACGGGGGCUGAGGGAGCGGGGAGGGGAGACAGCGGAAGGGGACAGUGUGUUGUUGGAGCGCUGCUGGCAGCCAUCCUUACGGACACGUAGUAACCGGUUUUUGCUUUGUUUCAGCUGUCUGUGCUUGCCCACGCAUGCGUGCGUUCACACACUCAACACUUUAAUCAUUGUCCUGUGAGCAUUAAACACAAAGGGAAGGAGGAUGUGCAAUGUUGUAAACAGUCUGUAUAUUUUCCUAGUUCAGAGUUCUAGUCCUGAGGCGGCUUUAUUGACAGACCCGGAUCCUGGAUGUUCCUGUCCUUGCUGUAUUUUGGAAAGAGGCGAUUUGACUCAGUUUCCUUUUACAUGUAGCAAGGGCUGUGACCUGUGACUGCUGUAUUACUAACAGGUCCGCAGCCCAGAGAGAUAACUGUAUUUAUAAACCACUCUUAAACUGCUGGCUCCAGUGUUGUCUGUAGAACAAUAUGAAGUCAUUUGGAGUCUUUUAUUUCUAAAAGUUAAGUUAAUUUUUUUUUCUUUUUUUAAUCUUCUUUGAAGCGUAACUUGUACCAUCGCUCUGCCUAGAUUGCAGAUAUAACCAUGUCAAAUGUGGGGGGACACUGCGGCAUCCUCAAACUCUGUACCCCUCAAGCAAACCUCAAGGGACCCUGACACAAAUGCUGAGGCAUUCAUGGAAUCCACACAUUGUUUUGUCCCUAGUUCCUCCAGGUGACCUGAACACAGCACCCGUAAACAACAGCGAUGUAACCAGAAGAAAGAUAAUCCAGACUUGGACUUUUAUUUUUAUAUGGAAAAAUAAAUAUAAAGGUGGGCCAAACUAGUCUACUCACAAAGAAAAGUUACCUUGGCCUUGCCCCUCACAGACAGUUACAUGGAAGCAGUGCCUCUUGGCUCUCAAAGUUUGACAAUAAAAGAUAUUAAUUAUU